UUCCGCAAAACAUUUUCUUAGUAACGAAUUAUUGAGUUUUGAACAGUUUUGCUCAUAUUUGCUUUGAUUGCAACACCACAGUCACCAGCAACCUCCCAGUCAGUCCAAUCUUUUGCAGAAGAUCAGCUCUCCAAACUGCAGGGCUGGUCCUUCUGCCUCGGGUGACUAGUAAACCCCUGUGUAACUUCAUUUUCUUGUUGUAACAUUCCAUUUGACAUUUUCCACUCCCCCCUUUCUGCUUGAAUUCCCUGAGAAUGACGAAACGCUGCAAAACCAAGGCUGUUUCCUACUCUUCUGGUUUUUAUGGCAUCUGUAGCUCAAGGUGCUCUCUGAGCCUCCCCGGCUGUCUCCUCAUCCUGCAGCUCCUCCAAGGCUUUCCUUGUCUUUGGCUUUUCCCAGUCAGGAUAAAUAUGUUUAAACCUUUACAUUCUUGAAAAUACGUUGUGGUUUGUGUCUGCUCUGGGAUGGGAAACCAAGCCAAGGUGCUUCACUGGGAGUCCUGAUCCCAAAUAUUUCCAAGAGCCCCUUAACAGAGCCACGUGAGGGUGAGCUUGGCCCUGGCUUGGCUGCCAAGGAGAAGCCAAGGAGUGCAGGUUUGAGGACAGAGAGUCAGCAAAGUGUUUUGGCACCUCAGAGACUGGGACUUUCUCAAUAAAUCUGCUGGAUGAAGUGAUUUCCUCUCACUCCAUAAAAUCCUCACGGUUUGAUCUGGGGAGAUUUACCAGUACAUGGUUUGGCUGGAGGUUUUCUAACAGAGGGAUGGAGGGUCUGAUUCCAGAGCUGUGGAGGGUAGGGAGCUGCUCCACAUCCCUUUUCCACAGGGCAGCUCCUGAGCAGCUUCCUGAGCCAGGAAAUGCCUCAGAGAUGCUGUUGGAGAGAUUUUCUCUCCAAAAUCCACACCGAACCAAAGUGCUUUUUGGAUCACUUUCCCUUUUUAAUGCAGGACAGAUAUCCAGCAGCAAUAAAUCCAACUGCAAUAAACCUGCUUUCUUUGUCUGCAGAAACUGCCGCCCUGCUGGGUGGGAGCAGCCCUCCUGUGCUCAUGGAUCACAAACCAAGAACCUCCUGACUGUAUUUUCCAGAAGGAAUCUGGUUUGGCUUUGUGUUCCUGUUCUGGGGUAGAUUUUUUGGUAGAUGAAAAAUCAUCUGCAGCCGCUGCUGAGGGUUUGAGACACCAGGUGUAGCUGGGAAAUGAAAGGGAGGCACGGAGCCUCUCAGUUUGGGUUCCAAUAAUGAUAAUGCUAAAGAUAAUUAUAGUGAUAAUGGUUCAAUUGAGGCUUUAUCAAAGAAGAAGUGCUUUGAUCACACGGUGCCCAUCAGCCCUGAGGUUCAGGGAGAGGACAGGCUGGCCAAGGCUGGAAUUAUCUCUCCUGCUGUGCCUCUGGGCAGUGGGGCUGCUCCUUAGGAAGAGCUGCUGGCUGCCCUGGGAGGGUGUGGACACCUGGCUGGACCCAGGGCAGAGCACUCAGAGCUGAAUUUCCAUCGCCUAUUUUCACCCGAGGAGCUUUCAGUCUUUUAGUUACAUCCUGGGGAUGUGCCUGUUCAUUCAAUGGAGAUGUUGAUAAAACUGUCAGAAAUCUAUUUAAAGUAACUCGGCAGGUGGGACAAAGCAGGAAAAAAAAGUUAAUAUUUGCAACAAAUAUUACUCACGUUUAAUGGUGCCUAAUCUGUGUUUUACAACCCAGACUGUUCUAAAUCGGGCUUUGGGGCUGGAGUGAGCUCAGCCCGAGUUGCAGGUCUGUGUAAUACAACCAUAAAAACCUCCCAGGUGUCCAGGAAAUAUCUCGGGGCAGGUGCUGCUGCCCCUGUGACUUAUUCUAACCCAGCGCUGGUAAACAGCCCCGGCUCCCUCCCCUUCCUUCCUGGCACUGCUUAGUAAGGAUGUGAUAAAAUAAUGUGUUUUUUCUCCCCGCUCCCUAAACUAUGUCCCGCCCACACCGGGCAGCAUUUGCAUGUUAAAGGUGGGGGGAAAGGUAUAAAAGGCAGGUGGCAGUUUGGCAAAUCACGGAAUUUCUGCACAGGGGCUGGGCGGAGGAGGAAGCUCGGGAACACCUCUGCUCUGCCUCCUGCUCCAGGGCAUUUAUUUAACUGCGGCAGUCCGGGCUGGAGCAGCAUCUCUGCUCCCUGCAGCUCCCAUCCCUCCCUCCCUCAUCCCUCCACCAAAGAGCAGCAGCAGCCGUGGGGAGGAUGAGCUGCAACAGGUAUCCCAUGGAUGUGAAGGCUGUGGGCUUCAUGCAGUGCAGAAAACAGAAGAACUACAUGAUGUUUGUGUCCUGGUCAGAUCAGAACAACAUUCUCAUCUACAGGACGUUUGAAGACUUUAAGAAUUUCCAUAAAGAGCUGAAGAGAAAAUUCCCCACUGAGAGUGGGUCACUGAGGAGUUUGCCCAGGUUUAAAGGAAUCACUAUGCAGCAGAGGAAGGGUGGGAAGAUGAACAGGUGCCUGGAGAUCCUGAAACUGCUGGAAACCUAUUCCCAGGAGCUGCUGAAGACUGAUGUGAAAAUCUCCCGAGGGGAAGAGGUAAAUCAGUUUUUCAAGGCACAGACUCAAGACCUCGAUCCCUCGUUCCCUGAAAACAGUGUUGUGAUCAUGCCAUCAGUAUUCAGAAGGGAGAAGAGCCCCCAGCCCCUCUCCAUCACCCUCCCUCAGGCAUCGCAGAGCUACCGCUGCAUCGAGGCCUUUGAGACCAAAGACACAAAGAACAAACCCUUCUCAGUGGCUCAGAAGGAUAUUGUGGAAGUGCUCAUCAAGGACAUGACUGGCUGGUGGCUGGUGGAAAAUGCAGACAAGCAGAUAGCCUGGUUCCCAGCCUCGUACCUGGAAGAGCUUGAUGCCUGUGAGGACAUCCAGAAUGCCUUCAGCUCAAACGAGGAGGGCAGCCUGUACUUUGUGGUGCAGCCCUACGAGGCUCAGAAGGCAGACGAGCUCUCGCUGAACCAGGGGGUGGUCGUGGAGGUGCUCAGGACAUCCCACAACGGCUGGUGGCUGAUCCGCUACAACGGCUGCACUGGCUACAUGCCCUCGCUGUGCCUCCGGCCCUACCAGAACCCUCACCACAAGCUGCAGAGCAUCCUGAGCUGCAGCCUCGGUACCUGCAUCCCGCAGCAGCACAGCCGGGCCCGAGGGAUGCCCCGGGUGAGUUCCACGCCGCAGCUGGAGCUGCAUUUGGACAGCGCCUCGCUGAGCUCGGACAGCAGCAGCAGCAGCAGCAGCAGCAGCGCUGGGGACACCCGGCUGCCGUGCCAAGCCACCUUGUUGCGGUCCCUGCCCGGCAGCGAGCCCCCGCACCUCCAUGCGAUGGACAGCCACCGCCCCAGCUCCGAGCAGCCCUCCGCAGCCGAGCUGCGCCCCGCUGAGCCCCAGCCCGCUGCGGCUGUGCCCAAGGUGCCGGCCCGGCCCUCGGUGCAGGAGAUCCUGCAGCGCUGCAGCACCGUCACCAAGCGCGCCCUGCAGCAGUCGGCUCCCCGGCCGGUCCUGCCGCUGCCCAGCCGCUCCCCAGCCGGUACCGGCGGUCCUGGCCAGGAGGGGACACGGGGACAGCCCUGACAGCCCUGACAGCCUGCUCGCUGCAGUCCCCUGCGAGCCCUGGGCAGCGGCUCCGGAGCCCCAGGGGUUGGGACUGGCCCUUCCUGAGGGACACGCACACAUCCAUCACCUCUGGGGUGUCAGAACAUGGGACUGUCCCUUCCUGAGGGACACACACACAUCCAUCACCUCUGGGGUGUCAGAACAUGGGACUGGCCCUUCCCCAGGGACACACACACAUCCAUCACCUCUGGAGUGUCAGAACUUGGGACUGUCCCUUCUCAUCCAUCACCUCUGGGGUGUCAGAAUUUGGGACUGGCCCUUCCCCAGGGACACACACACAUCCAUCACCUCUGGGGUGUCAGAACUUGGGACUGUCCCUUCCCAUCCAUCACCUCUGGGGUGUCAGAAUUUGGGACUGUCCCUUCCCCAGGGACACACACACAUCCAUCACCUCUGGGGUGUCAGGGCUGGGGACACCAGGAUCAGCUGGCACAGCCACGGCCACCGUGGACGGCAAAGGAGUGUCACCAGAGUGCCUCAGUGACCCCUGGCACCCUGAGCGAGUCACAGGACUGGGGAGGGAUGGGAUGUGUGAUGGCAGUUAUUAAACCCCCUAUUUUAUAGAUAUUUUUGACUUUUGAUGUGGGAUUGGGGUUUUUUUUAUAGGUUAGUGGAGAGGCCAUGAAAUACAAGGAUGGGCUGGAUCUGCUGAAUGGUUGUGAGAAUAAAAAACCUGCUGGGGAGGAACCUCAUCCCUGCUCCCUCCAUGGCUGUGCAGGCACAGGGACACAACCAGGGCAGUCACAGCUUGUGUCCCACCUGGGGAUGGAACAGAGGUCACUUUUAUGGACAAAACAUUCCUCUUUCCAGGAGACUGGGUAGUUACUGAAUCUCACAAUUCUAAUCCUCAACUCAUCUGCUAGAAAUGAGUUAGAAAAAGACUUACAGGAAAAUAAGACUUUUCUCUACACUGAUGGCUUUAAUUGUACUUAUUCUCCCAGGUAUCUGUUAAUAUUUUUAUAAAGAACUUGUGUUUGUUUUGUUUGAAUUUUAUACCUUUGUAUCUGUGAAAUAAAAUACAUGU